GGCCUAAGAGCCACAAAGAGAGCAUAAUAAAGAAACAUUGUGAAUUCAUGGCAAUACUUUUGUAGGCAUGACGCCAGAUACGUCGUUUGUCAAGUCGAAUGUAUGGCCUAUACCAAGUCAUUUCGUAACUACGUUCUCCAGGAUACUCAUCGAAUCCAUGGCGACAAACAGCUGUACGGAAAGAUGUGUUUGCUAAUCUUUCCUUGAUUACUUUACCAUCUCCAUUAUUACAUGGUUUUUAGGCGCUGUGUGUGUGUUUAACGCUUCAGGUGCCCUUCCUGACGCUAUACAAGAAAAAAAAUUGUUUUCGGCUUGACGCUGUUCACAGGUAGCGUGAGCUCAUCUGCAGAUUCUAGAACCAGGAGCAGGUCCAACGGCACAGCACAACUGUAACUAGGAUUUCGGUCAGAUUUUGCCCAGAAAUGACCGAGUCUAUCCCCAACACCAGUGUCCAGAUGAACUUUACCUUCACCACCCCAGCCGACAUGGGUUUCCGGUCGGCACUUUCGGACAUGGACACAGCGGAAAUUGCUCUCAGCAGCAUUGUUUACUUCGCAGGGUUGCUAGGUAACGCAGUUGUGAUCUACAUUAUCAUCAGGAAUGAGAGAAUGCGGACGGUGCCCAACGUGUACAUCUUUAACAUGGCCCUGGCGGAUGGUAUCUAUUGCCUGAUGGGACCUUUAUGGAUGUCUUUCCGGGUCAUCGAUUGGAUUUGGCUUCCGGGGUCAAUAGUUUGCCGGACGAUGCACUAUCUGCAGUUCAUGACGAUGUUCGGCAGUUCGUGUUUCCUGACCAUCCUGAGUGUACAGCGGUACCGGUCAGUGGUCCACCCGUUCCAGUACAUGCACAGGCGCACCGUGCCGAGAGCGGUCAUGUACUCCGGGCUGGUGUGGCUAGCUGUUCUGGUCCUGUCCGUGCCGUGUGGUGUACUCUCUCACCUGGUUGUUCAGGACUCCGUACAGGUCUGCGUGUACGCCAGUCCAAGUGGCACAGACGUCCAGACGUUCGGCGUCAUCUUGCAGUCUUACGUUCUGGUGUUGGCGUUUUUGGUGCCGCUGUGCGUUGUGACGCCGCACUACAUGCUUCUGCAAAACCACAUGCGCGGGGCAGGGCAGACCACGAGCGUGUUCAAGGCGCGGAACCGGGUGACACGGAUGGUGCUGGUGGUGUCGGCCGUGUUCCUGGUAACCCGCCUCCCCCUGCACCUCUCCCGCCUGACUCUGACGGCCUCGCGCGGUGUCGCCUCGCUGCCGGACAGCUUGGGCUUCAUCCUCCGCCUCCUGUACGAUCUGGACCCCGUCCUCAACCCGCUGGUGUACGUGUUCCAGGGAGUGAAGUACCGAGCCGCUGUCGUGCAAGCGUGCCGAUGCCGCGCCAAGAUUAACAGAAUAUCCCCCUCCGGGAGGAAAUACCGUCGCUCGCAGCCUCGGUACCCACACCGGGAUACCUCGAGGCUGCAGGCGGUGUCAAUGAGGAGCAGGACCGAGAGCAUCUGGCUGGCCGAGCGCAGCCUGUCCGUCAGGUCCAACUGGGUGGGAUAGACCAGGGCGAAGAGCAGAGAACAUCCAUGGAGCAGAGGACAUGUGCGAUGUUCAAUUGGAAGCUAGAUCUACCGUCGAAGUUUCGUUAUUUUCAACCAACCAGCGCUGGACGAAAUGGGUCCGGAUACAGCCAAAUCUGGGCCGUUUUAAUGGAUACAACCAUAUUACGGGCCGAUACGAGAUACCAUUCGUAUCCGCCAGUAUAUGUCUGUAUCCCUUAACUAAACGGAUAAAUAAUGGCCCGGAUUGGACUGUAUCCGGACCCAUUUUCUCAAUUACGUAUAGCACAUGCGAUUCUUCAUAGUUUUCAAUGAUGCCACAACUGUAUCAAGGAUAUAUCAGUAAAGUGACAUCAGAUGAUUCUUUAAUUUACAAUAAUCUAAAACAUGUAUUGGUUUAUAGAAUAUACACAGACGCAUCACCGAUCAUAAUAUAAAUUAUGCACACUGUUCCGGAUUAAAAG